AUGGCUUUAGCAGGCCUGCUCUUGGAAUGGCCUUCCAUUCGGGAGCUUACAAAACACCACGUUGAGCGCGAAGGUGUCCGACACAUCAGCGAAUACCCUAUCAGUCAAGAACAAAACAGAGGUGUUCUGAUGGUUUAUGGGCGAGGUGAAGAUGCUCGCCCAUCGCGACAAGUUCGAGAACCGACCGACCAUGGUAACUUGGACAUGGCGGACGAUUCAUCCGAUAUCGCAUCUCCUCCACCAGCGGUUGAUUGGAGCCAGCUUGGUGGUCUCAGCCCUCCUGAUCAAGUGGAAUACAAGGGAGGCGUUUUGGUUGAUGGCAAUCCCGAUUUCUCUGAGCCGAAAGUGUGGGCGUAUGUGGAAAGUUUCAAGAAAAACAUUCUCAAUAUGCACCCUAUCAUUGAGCCCAAGCUUUUAGACAAUUGGGUCAGGUACUUUCUGGAUAACCUCCCAGCAUCACAGCCGCGUCCAGCAAAACCACAAACAUCAAAGCCCACCUUGGCCGUUGGAGGAGGCUCGCAGACGGAAGAAGUUGCAGGCUCAAAGAGAAAACGAUCGCCGGGGUCGGAUGGCUCCGAGCCACCACCACCCGCGCCAUCUCGCACUGGUCAACCAGAUCGGUCCAUCCGCACCGCUCUAGUUCUCACAGUUCUGGCUUUGGGUAAAGUUUGUCUUCACCGCGGGAAUGUGCCCGAUGUCGUCCAUCCUACAGAGCAUCCUUCUCAUGACAGCCCGGUCAUUCGCAAUGGAGCCAUCUCACCAAGGGCCAAUCGAUGCUCUGGCCCAGCAUAUUCAUCGCAAUCGCACUUAUCAGGUUUGCCCUCACCAAAGGCGGAAGCGGGCGAGAACCCUGGCAACUGCCCAUCAAUCCGUAGCGUGGGUGCUUCCGGCGCUGGUCACAUCCCUAAGAAAAACUGUGAGGUGAUUCCUGGCUUAGAGUACUUUGCAUAUGCUACGGAUAUCCUUGGCAACCACAUUGUCGCAUACAACAACAUGGAGGACGUGUACGCCAACAUCUUUGCUGGGUUAUAUCAUGGCCAGUUGGGUAGACCAAUGGAAAGUUUUGCUUUCAUUCACACGGCCAGCCACAAGCUGCAGGUCAUUAUGCGACCGAGCUUGGACAAAAUGAGACGAAUCAAGCGCAACAACGAAUUUAUUCAGGAAACCAAGUACAACCAACUUGCUCUCACAUUCUGGACUUGCCUGCAGUUAGAAGGUGAUCUUAUUGCGGAGCUUCAACUCCCUCCAUCAGGACUGCUUUCGUACGAAGAUGACAUGCCGCACCCCAACAUGAGUCGCUUGGAAGGUUUCGACCAGCGUAUCCUGGACAGCUAUUCAGGACAGCUAUAUCUACGACCUCAUCUCAACAGAAUCCACCGAAUGUUCUACGUCCCUGAGGAUCCGGCCAAACCAGGCAAGGAUAAGUUCGGAAAUGUUGGCGUUGUUUCUGAUGUUGUCUUGGGCAUGCAUUGGGUCCCUGUCAGUUUCGCAUUCAGAGAGGAUGAUCCACCCGCAGAUGAUAUUCUAGCGGCAAGAUUGCGAGCAAAGUACUGGGGAGCCCAGGUGAUUGCUUAUCGCCCAUUCAUCCGACAAAUUCUGCAGUUCUCGCACUCCAUCAAGAACCAUGCAUCGAGCCCCAACUUUCCCAGCGUCAGCUCCGAGUUUCGACACAAUAUCACUGCACCUGCCAUUCGCCCCAAAGCCAGGACGCAUGGCUACAUCGAUACUCAAGUUGUCGAGUUGGCAGAAAAGGGCAUCAAGGCGCUUAUCGAGAGCACCCGUGCCUUCCAUGGUCUUGGAGACAAGAGGCCGAUUAUCACCAAUGUUUUCGGCACAGCUCAUGCGCAAUGGGGCAACCUGUUAAUCCUAUCAGCUGCAUUCCGUGACCCAAUUCUUCACACUUAUGUGGAUGAGGAACUCCUCCGAACACUGUUCCACAAGACGAUCCAGUUUUUGCGACAGUCGGCAACAGCGACGAGCGCACUUCGAACGGACAUGCAUAUCCUUGAAGGCCUGCAGAGAGAUCUUUUCGGCUAUGAUCAUGAUCCUCGGGCCAACUCGAGCUUCUCAAGCGGCACAAGCGCACCUGGCUACCAUACGCCAAGGCCUGUCCCCAUGGCUGUGCAGCCUCAGAUGCCUCAUCAAACGGGCGACCAAGGGCAUCUAUGA